CCGUCAAAGAAAAAUAUAAUAAUAAUUUCCCCUUCAUCGAUCUACCAAAACCACAAGAAAAAAAAAUGAAAAAAAAGUCUUAUCCUUGUUCAUAAAUAAUCCAUAAUAUAUUUACUUGAUCACAAGAAAAAAAAAAGAGUCUUCUCUAACAAUAAAUAGAUGGAAGAGCUCUGUAUAGGCAGGCAGAAAUCAUCGUUCCAAAGCUUCGUAGCGCCAGGUUCGAUUCCAAGAAUUAACCUGAAUAAUGUUAAUAAUGAUGAGAAUGAAAAACAUGUUGAUGUUGAUGAAGAGGAUGAAGAUGAUGGAAGAAAUGAUAUGUUUAAUAAGACAGCAGGAGGUUUUAUAUCAUCACUAAACUCACCAUUUGAUCAGGCUAUAGGUAAUACUAGUGAUGCUGUAUCUUCCUGCUCCUUGUUGAACUUGAACAACAACACGACUUGUUUCACUUCUAUUAAAAACAAGAGGGUUUCCGAAGAUCACAACAUUUUCAACGCCGAAUCGGGUGUUAACCGGAGGCAUAAGCGUAUGAUGAAGAACAGAGAGUCCGCUGCUCGAUCUCGCGCUCGUCGGCAGGCUUACACAAGUGAGUUGGAAAGGGAGCAUGCUAAAUUAAAGGAAGAAAAUGCUAAGCUCAGGAAACUGCAACAACGGUUGGUUGUUGUGAUUACAGUUUUUGGUAUCUGUUCCGGUUGAAGUGCCAAGAAAGCGCACCCACAGUAGAUCGUCUACGGCACCACUUUGAGAAAUAUGAAAAUAGAAUGUAUUAAAUUCAAACUCUAGACUAUUUUCAUAUUAGGGUUGCUUUGUAUAGUCUCUGCGAUGUACAUAUUAUUCAGAGAGGUCAGAUUUUUUUUGUUGAUCAAACAUAAACGUGUUUUUUUUUAAUGUAAAUAUUUUGUUAUUUUAUGUAAUUUUAGUGAUAUAUUUUGUUUCUUUUA